AUGGAUGAGCGGCUUCGCGCAGCACAUGUUCAGUUUGUAAAACACUGCAAGCUGCACAAAAUCAGAAACAAAGGGCGAGUCUUUUCUCUGAAACAUAUGCACUGUGCUGGAUCGAAGAACUAUCCCAGUCUUGCUCAAAAACAUUGCAAUGCUGCAGAGGCUGUUGUGCUGGCAAAGUGGCUUAUGGGAGUCACACUUGCAGUUGCAUGUCAAGAACCCAACAACGAGCAUGCCAAGCUACGUGCGGCCGUCUUCGUGAACUUUGUGGCCAUGAGGCGAGCCAUGACCAAGCAAGGCCUACUUCUUCCACAUGAAAAUAAGAUCUGUGAACUUCAGGAAGCAUGCUAUUUGUUUCAUUCAGCGUUGAACGCCUUGGCAAUGGAAGCAUUAUCGAAAGGUGUUCUUCUUUGGAAGGUGCGACCCAAGGUCCACCGUCUUGAUCAUAUUUGCCUGGAUCAGGCAUACAGGAUGAAUCCAUUAUGGAUUUCUUGCUAUUGCGAUGAAGAUUUCGUUGGCAAAAUAAAAGCCAUGGCAGUUCACGCUUCACCCCGUCUUUUGGAACGCCAAGUCCUUGAUAGAUAUUCGGCGUUUGUUUGCCUUCGUUGGCAACGGCGUUUGCAGGGUGUGAAGUCUUCCAAAGGCAGAUGA